UCUCCUUUUGAGGGGUUUCGUAACUUGAAAAUUUCGUAUGAAGAGACGUUCGUAAGUAGAAGUACCACUGUAUCAGUCGUUCCUCAUUGGGUUGUGCAGGUGUGCCUUACAAUACGCCAUGCUCGGCUUCCCCCCACGUGUCUCAUUGAACCUCUGCUCUAAGACCGACUUCACCCUCCCCUGCUGUCUAUCUCCUCACCCUCACUGUGUGCUGUCAAUAAUUGAUGGUCUUUAGUGACUCUCAAAGGGUAACAGGUCCGGCAGAAAAUGUCUCAUGUGUCAUUUUUUUAUUUAUUCACAAGUCGGUCUUGAAGCUCGGAGAAGUAUAUCGCCGCGUUUGCUUUGCAGCCAGUUGGAUGGAUAUGCAGGCGCUGUUUUGCUUGCACCUGCGCGUGACCGUGAACGAGCCGGUUCGUGCUGCGUGAGUGACAGCGGCGCGGAAGGAGAGGAAGGGAAGCUUGAAAUAAGUGGGUGGCGGGGGGUCGGCCAGGGGAGUGACGGAAUUAUUGAGUGAAUUAAUUCAGCCUUUGCCAGCCCUGAUUGACUCGAGACCGCAAACUUGCAGUACAGUACAAACAUGGGGGAAGAAAAGAGAGAAGAAACGGUCUUCCCGAGAAGGAGAAGUUUCACUUUCGGGGCUUACGGAAGAGCCGAAGCCGCCGAGGGCAGCGCGACGGACAUCUUGGACUCCCCGCUCGCUGACAGCCAGCCAACCCUCUCGGCGAGCAGCAGCCAGAAGGAAACGGAGCUGUUUGAAAUCAUUGAAAAACUCCAGGGAAGCAGACUCGAUGAGCAGCGAUGUGAAUUCCCACUGCCUCUGAAGUCUCAGUUUUUGACAAUAGGCGGGGAGCUGCCAAUCAUCCUCCCGGCGAAGCUUGGGGGCUACUGGAUAGACCCUCCUUUGGCGAGGCUUGCAGAUGUCGGUCUUAGCUCCUCUCAUCGCAACCUCCCAGCAGACAGCUACGAACUCAUGGAAAGGGACGGCGAGGCCAACAUCUACCGGGACUUCUUCCGCUCACGGUAUCACCAUUCGUUCACAGCAGUGGAUCCGUCAUUAGGGCCCCUGGUUCUGUCUGUGUGUUUGGAGGAAGAGGAAAGUCGGGCGCGAGUCAUCCUGAGAAUGAAAGAGCGCUCCCUGCAUGGCGUUUUCUCCCUCUCGCUCUUUCCCGGCAUUCCAUCAGCUGUCGAGCUAGCAAAGAUGCUGUGUGACAAAGUGACCGUCUCAAAGUUUGACGCAGUCAGCUACCUCAAGGCUCCGAUACUAAUAAGGGCAUUCGACGAGCACAGAGUGUCUUCCAAUUUCAAGUUUGGUGUGUUGUACCAAAAGGAGAAUCAGUUCACCGAGGAGGACAUACUCGGUAACGACGAGGAAAGCGAGGAGUUUGCGCAGUUCCUGUCUAUUUUGGGGGACACGGUUCAGCUCCAAGGCUUCGCCGGCUUCAGAGGAGGGCUGGACGUGUGUCACGGGCAGACAGGAAGUGAGGCAGUUUUCACUUCCUUUCACGGCAGAGAAGUCAUGUUCCACGUUGCCACCAAACUGCCUUUCACAGAGGGCGACCCGCAGCAGCUGCAAAGAAAGAGACACAUUGGUAAUGACAUCGUGGCGCUGGUGUACCAGGAGGGUCCGACUGCUUUCUUAGCCGAUGUCAUUAAGUCGCACUUCCUGCACUGUUUCAUCGUGGUCCGGAAGGUUCCGAGCGGGAAGGUCGAUGACACUGGCCAAGCUGCAUAUCAGAUAUCUGUCACGGCCAGAGACGACGUUCCUCCAUUCGGCCCAGUCCUCCCAGAUCCUCCAGUCUUCACAGAUCACUCCCGACUGAGAGAAUUCCUCCUGACCAAGCUCAUCAAUGCGGAAAUUUCCUGCUAUAAGGCCGAGCAAUUCAGCAGACUGGAGCUCCGCACGCGUUCAUCACUUCUGGAGAGUCUGCAGGCAGAACUCUCUGCCCGUUCGCAGUGCAUGCUGGGAGAUCCAUCAGCCCCUUCUGUCCCAUCUGCCGAGAGUGCCAGGGGGAUGUCCGAAGGCAGCGGUGGAUUCAUUGAGAACUUUAAGAGGGCCAUCAGAGUCCGGAGCCAUUCCUUCGAGACCCUCGGGGUGCCCAGGAAGAUCAGCAGCAUCUCACCACAGAAGACAAAGAGUGACAAGGAUGCAGAGAGUGACUGCUUGGCUCCAGCUGAAGUCAAAGAUCAAGCAAGUCCUCAAGAGGAGACGUAGAAAAACUCCACCUUCCAGAUUUUAGACGUUCAUUCACAUACAGCCUUUGUGUUGACAUUAUUAUCUAUGUGGAUGACUCCUGUAAAUAGAUACAGUAGUCAAAGGGAGUCUUGCUGCUGAUGUGAUUAUGUUCUGUCAAGCGUUUUCUUACAAUCGCAGCUGUUGUGAAAUCGCCACAGAAAUGAAGAUGUAUUUUAUCAUACUGCAAUAGAAGUCUUACUUUGUAUAUGUGAUUUAAGGGAAUAGAAAUUAUCUUCAUGUGACAUGUAUGGUAAAUAAAAGGCCUGCAAAUGUUUAA